GCGUGGCGUCACGUGACCCGGGGAGCCGGCGGUACGGGGCUGAGGAGAAACGGGGGUCCUCGCGGGGUUGGGCGACCGUGGCCGCCCCUUUUUCCUCCACGCUGGUACCGGGCGAGGCCUCGGAGAGCGAUUCGGAGCCGGAGCCGGAACCGGGGGGGAGCGCGGCCGGGCCCCCCGCAGCGGGGCUGAAGCUUCCGGGGGAGGCGUCGGAGACCGAGGAGGAGGAGGAGGAGGAGGAGGAAGAGGACCGUGCGGCCCGAGUGCUGCUGCCAGGGGUGCCCCGGGGGGGGCCCUCAUUGCUGCAGCAGCGGCUGGGGGCGGGCGAGGGGCGACUGCGGGGCGCGAUGGCUGAGGCACUGGGACGCGGUUUCAGUGGGGCUGCGCGGCUGCUGGAAGGCCUGGGGGGGCCCCUGGGCCGAUCCCGAGCUGGGGCAGCUGCCACCGCGCACUGCCUGUGCCUGGUGCGCCGUGACCUACGCACCGUGGCUGCCACCGUCGCCGCCUGCCGCCUGCUGCCCGACAUCCGCGGGGAGCCGUGAGAGUGGGAACGCCAGUGGGCGGUGUUGGCAGCCGCGGGGAGCUCCUGGCGUCGUUGCAGUGUCGCUGUCGCUGACCUCCAGUGCUGUGUCCGACGGACUUGGGGGUUGUGGUUGUCACUGAUGGCGUUCUUGCUGUUGCUGCGUUUCCAGUGCUGUGUCCCCUUGAGCUGCUGCUCCCAUCAACAGCACUGCCACUGAUCGCUCAGUGUCUCAGCGGUGUCACCUGGCCUGUGGGGACCUUGGCCUCACAGGGACGUUGUCACCAAAUGGAAGCUCCUGACAAUUGCGUGGUCCGGAAUUCUGUGGUUUUGCCCUAUUUAGGGGGUCUGAGGUUUGUGGCACCAAAUAAAGCCCUUCGGGGGCACAGCUGCAGCAAG